AUGAACCUUAUUCUAAUAUGUUUUUAUUACCUUUUUUUUUUAAAUUCAAAAAUAAAAGAUUUCUGUUUAUGUUCUUCUACAAAGAAUAACAAUAUUAGUAAUUUAUGGAUAAAAUUAAAAGAAUUAUUUCAGGAUAAAUCCGUAGAAAAGGAAAAGAAUAUUAUAACAUAUAACUAUAUAUUACAUAAUAAUGACAAUUACAUUGAUAAAAAAAAUAAUAUUUUAAUAAAAAAAAAUGAGGAACAUAAAAGUUUUGAGAUAAAUCAUAUAAAUAGAUUAAUAUAUAUUAAUAAUUUUAAAACAUAUAUAUUAAGUGCUUAUGUUCCGUAUAUAUAUAUGAGUAUUAGAGAUAUAUAUAUAGUUUUAAAAAAAAUUAAAGAAUUAAAUUUUAAUACAGUUUAUACUUUUUUAUUUUGGCCAGAAAAUGAAUAUUUAGAAGAUAAGUAUGAUAUUAGUAAUUCAAAGCUUUUUUAUUUAUUAAAUUUCUGUGCUUCUAAUGGACUAUUUGUUAUAUUGAAUAUUGGUCCAUAUAUAAAUAAUAUUUACAAUUCUAAUAUUCCUACAUACAUUUUGUUCAAUAAAAAAUUAAAUGAUUAUAUUAAUUUAAAUUUAAAUAAGAGAAAAAUAAGAAAAUAUUUUCAAUGGAAUUUAUGGAAAAAAAGAAAAGCAAUUAUAAAAGAUUCAAAAAACUUGCAAAGAAGUGCUAUAGAAAAGGUCAUAAAUCAAAAGAAAAUUUUAUAUAACAAAAAAAAAAAUGCAUAUAAUAAUAUUUAUAGCUUGUAUUUUUAUAAAAGAGUUAUUAAAUGGUUUAAUUAUAUUUUACCACAUAUAAAAAAAUAUACUAGUAUAAAUAAUGGCCCUAUUAUAUAUUUAAAUAUUGAUAAGACUUUUGAUAAUUAUUAUAUGUAUAUAAUAAUUGAAUUAAAAAGAAAAAGAUAUUUUCAUAACAUUUGUAAUAUAGAAAUUUAUUUUGAAGAUUACAAUAAUUCUAAUUCUAUUUUAAGUUGUGUAAUAAACUUUUUUAGAAGAAUAAGAAGAAGCUAUAUAAUGACUUUAGGUUACUUACUAUACAUUCGAUUUAAUAAAUAUUUAAGAGUUAUUAAAGAGUAUGAACUGGGAUUAAUAUAUAUUAAUGAGAUUAAUAAACUUGUUCAAAAACAUUUAAAUAAAAUAAAGAUAUUAACAACAAAUUAUCCAUUUAUUAAUGAUAAAUUCAUAAAUUCUUAUGCUGGUAACAAUUGCUACAAUCAUUUUUUACACAAUAAUUGGUUUGACAAUGAAUGUAUUAAAUUGAAUAAGCCAUGUAUAUGGUCUCAAGUCUGGACAGGGGCAAAAUAUAGUAUUCAUAAUGUUAACUCUCCUAAUAUUUUGAAAAGAAAAUUUAAAGAACACAUUAUUUAUAAAUCUUCUCUCACAGAAGAUGAUAAAAAAAAAAAUAACUUAUCAAAUUUAUUCCAAAAUUUAGAUGAAACAAAUAAAUAUUUCAAAGGAAAGAACAAUUCUAAGAAAGAAGAAAAUUUUAAUAAAAAUAACGAAUUUACCAUAAAUAACAAUGAUACAAAAGAUUGUUCUAAAAAAAUUUCAUGUGAUAACAAGAAAGAGAAAGAGAGUAAAGAUAAGAAAAAUGAAAUAGAAGAAAUAAGUAUCAGUGUAAAAAAUGUACAUAGAAAAUAUAAUAAUUACAUAGGGCAUAUAAGAAAUUUUAAAGAUUUAGCAUUUAAUAUUUUAGUAUUUUUAGCAAAAGGAGGUGUUUUUAUAAAUAUUUUUCCAUAUUAUAGUGGAAAUAAUAUAAAUAACACACAUGUAUACUUAGAGCAUUAUAGCAAAGAAACUGGACAACCUAUAGACUUAUAUUUUAAUCAAAAAGAACCAUUAUAUUCUCAUAUAAAAAAAAUUUUUAAAAUUUUAAAAAAAUAUGGUCAUUAUUUAAUGAAAGAUGGAAAAUAUAUUAACCCUAUAAAAAUAUCUAAAAAUAUAGAAUUGUAUGACUACGACAUUAUUAAAAUUAUUUGCAAUUAUAAUAUUAAAGGAAGUAGAUUUGUUAAAAUAGGUCAUUUAAAAUAUAAUAUUAAUAGCUUUAGUUGUAUUAUAUACAAUGAAUACAAAAAGAAAAUAAUUUAUGAUUCUUCUUAUAGUUAUAAUUAUGAUUUUUCUUAUAUAAACAAAAAAGAAACUUAUUAUCCUAUUGAUAAAUAUUUAUAUUCAAUGGAUAUUAUAAAUUCCGGUCCUUUAAUGUGCUUAAAAGAAGAACAACAACAAAAAAAAAAUUAUAGAAAUAAUAAUUUAUUAUCUAAAAAUAUUAUCAAGCAUAUGAAACUAUCUUCUUAUUUUCAUCCAAAUUGUUUACAUUCUAUAUAUGUAAUAAAUGUUUUAAAUAAUUAUUAUCUGACAUUAGAUUUUACUAAAUUUCAAUGGUAUAUCAUUACAAUGAAGAAUAACAUCAAUUAUGUAAAAUUACUUGUAAGCAACUAUAGCUUAUAUAUAUAUAUUUAUGCUGAUAACCAAUUUAUCUAUGGCGGAUUUAAUGAAUAUAAAUAUAUUGAAAUUAUAAAUUCUAAAAAAAUUUAUAUCAUUUGUUCUAAUUUGGGCUUGGGUUUGCCCAAGGAAGACAUUAGAACAGAUUUCCUUCAUAAUGUAAAGAUAAAAGACUUAAAAAAUAAUAAUUUUUUUGAAAAGGGAGAGAUAGAAUAUGAUUCACAAACACAUAAAAAUAACAAAUCAACUAGGAAAAGCAAUAAUAUGAUAAACUUAGAUACAGAAAAAAAUUCUCAAAAUAAUGGUAGAAUUGUAGAUCAUAAUAAAAGUAAAAUCUUAAUAGAACAAAAUAUAAAUAAUAAAAAAAAAAAAGAUACAAAUACUUUUGAGAAUUUUAUGAAUGAUAUAAAUGAUAAUGAAAAACAUCAUAAACAGAGAAAUUAUAAUGUAUUUGGUGAUAAUGAAUAUAACUUUCAUAAUUAUUACGAUGAAGAAAGUAUUAACACGUUUAUAUUUAUUAUUACACGAAAUGAAUAUGAUGUACAUAACUGUGUUGGUUUAAAUGGAGAAAUAUUAAAAAAUGAAAAAAGUAUAGAAGAAUAUAAAAAAAUGUACAAUUUAUUUGAGUAUAAUUCCAUAAAGCCACAUUUAAUGAAUUGGAUUUAUAGUUCUUCAGUAAAUGAUAACAUAAAAGAAAAUGUUUCUGAUAAAAAUAGCAAAAGAACAGAUACCAAAAUAAAAAACAGUAAAAAUGAAAAUGAUAAAAUAGGAAAUUACGAUAAUAAAGAUUUAAACUUUAAAAAAAUGGAUAUGGAAUCAAUAGUAAAUAAAAAAAUUGAGAUGAAAAAUAUAACAAAUGCUUUUUUAAAAAUGUGUACAUCGAAAAUUUUUUCUUUUUUUCUUAGUAAGAUAAAAUAUUACUGUAAAACUGGUAUAUUUAAAUAUUUAAAUGGAUUUAACAAAGUUAAUAAAAAAAAUAUAAAUUGGCCAUUAACUUGGUAUACUUUGUUAUACUUUAUUAAGAAGGUAGAUUUUAUGAGAUCUAAGUAUUCUUUGAAACUAUCUUCAUACGACUUAGAAAAUAAUAGAAUUGAUGGGUUAUUUAGAGGAUUUGUUUACAUCAACAAUCAUAUUCUAGGAAGUUUUUGGACAACAGAUGAUAUUGAUAGCUACGAAAAUGAAGUUAACGAAGAAAAAAAAUUUAAAAAUAAAAAAAAUGAAAAAGAAAAAUUUUUAAAUAAUGAAAAUUUAAUAAAUAUACCUUUAACAAGAUAUAUGAGAAUACCUACAGAUUGGUUAGUUGAAGGAACGAAUGUUGUAAUAAUUUUUGAUGAAUAUGGGGGAAAUCCUUAUAAAGUUGAGAUAGUUAGAGAAGUGUUACAAGGUGGAGUAUAUAGUCUAACAAAAAAAGAAAAAUAUGUAAAUUGGUUUCUUUUUCUUUUUAUUUUAAGUAUUAUUAUUUUUAUUACUUAUUUUUUUUUUAAAGCUUUACAUAAUUAUUUUAAAACGAAAGAAGAAAAAGAGAGAAACAAACAAAAUUAUCAAAAUAUAAUUGAAAAUAUCAUAACACAUAAUAUGUGUAUAAAUAGUUCAUAUGAUGAAGUUACUGAAGAAACUAAUACUGAUAAUAUUCAAAAUGUUAGUGAUUUUUUGGAUUCUUAA